CUCAACUUUACACAAACACCCUUCCCUCCCAAAACUUAUAAUUUCCCUUCUCUUCCAAUUCAAUCCCUAAUAAUAAAACCUCUCUUCUUUCCCUCCCUCUUUUUUUUCUGUUAAUGGCUUCCGUUACCGUCACCGACGGUGGUCCGCUUCAUUCAGAAUCAAUCCCAACCGUUGAUCUCCAUCUCCUCUCUCAAUCUGAACUCUACACUCUCUCCCUAUGUUCCCCUUCCGCUUUUAACCCUCGCCGUGAUGACGACGUCAUUAUCCCUAAAAUCGACAAAUCCGUUUUCAAUGAAUCUGCUGGGUCCCGCAAACAAACUUAUUCCCGUCUCCGCCUUGCUCCCGCCGCCACCAACACCGCCGCCGCCACGUCAGCCCUACGUAGCCGUACACCUCACCUCCGUAACACUCUUCUCAAUAAUCCCUCUCUCAAUAACGGACCCGAAAACUCCGAAAGUCACCAAAUCGUUACGCUUCUUAAACAACUCUUCGGUUCGGGUUCGGGUACCGAACCAAGUCCCAAACCUAUUCCUAAUCCUAAUCCGGUUGAUUUAGUCCCUAUUCGGGUCGAUUACUCCAAUGUGGGUUCAAUUGGGGAGAAAAGGAAACGAGGUAGAGGUAGGCCGAGGAAGAAUGAGAAUGACGUGGCGGGUGAGGUUAAGGUUAAGGAGGUUGAUGUGGGGCCCACAGAAGUGAAGGAUAUUGUGGUUUAUCAAAAUGUGGAUGUGGAUGAUGGUGAGAAGGAGAUAUUGAAUAAGGACGGGGAACGGGUUGAUUUGGCGGGUUUAGGGGCGUUGGAGGAUCCGUAUGGGGCGGAGUUGAGGAGGAGGACGGAGGGUAUGAGGAGUCAAGAGGAGCUGUUAGGGUUUUUGGGGAGGACGAAUGGGCAAUGGGGUAGUACGAGGAAGAAGAGGAGGAUUGUUGAUGCGAGUGAGUUUGGGAGUGUGUUGCCUAAAGGAUGGAACCUUUUGCUUUCUAUUAAGAGGAAAGGAGGACAUGUUUGGUUGCAUUGUCGACGCUACAUAAGCCCUAAUGGACGGCAAUUUGGAACAUGCAAGGAAGUUUCUUCAUAUUUGCUCUUUCUUCGUGGUGAACAGAAUGAAAAUCCUCCAACAUAUGCUAAGAUUAGUGAAACUGUUGAGACCACUAAUGCAUGUGCUUUAGUUAGUACUUCGGACCUCAGAGUUCAAGAUGGUGGCAAAAAGGAAAGCCCUCUUUUUCAUAACUCAUCCUCUGCUGUUGGUCAUGGGGAGUUGCAAGUUCUAUUGAAUUUUGGAGAACUAUCGGAGGUCCAAGUAGGAGAUCUUUUGCACUGUGACAAAUGCAAUGUGACCUUCAAUAAUAAGGAUGAUUUAUUGCAGCACCAGUUAUCUUCUCAUCAGAGAAAGAGAUCUAGAAAUGGUGGUCAAUCCGUUACUGACGGGGUAAUAAUUAAAGACGGAAAAUUUGAAUGUCAGUUCUGCCAUAAGACAUUUGAAGAAAAGCAUCGGUACAACGGUCAUGUUGGAAACCACGUUAAGAAACAGGUAAAGACUGCGAACGGAUCACUUCCAAUCAAAAUGGGAGAGUGUGUUGAACCUGUGGUGUCUAGCGGAGCCAUGCUAACGGAGCCCAUUAUGCAGGAUUCAGUUGUUCCGCCAAGGAACCUGACAGAAAAUGCUGGUGUAAGUGCGGAUGACGGUGACAAUCCUGCACCUUCUAGUAAAAUCCAGGAGGAGGGUCACAUGGAGACUGACGAUAAAUUAGAAGGUCUGGGUGAGGCUAUGGUUACUGCCCCUAAUAAAACUACUUUGUGUUUAAGUUCUGAAGCGGUUACAUUUAAUAACAACAGAACACCACGUGACUCACUGAUUGUUGAUAGUGUAGCUGAAGGUACCAAUAAGGAUUGUCAUAACCAGGAAGGGAGUUCUGAGAGCUGUUCCCUUAUGUCAUCGAAUGAAAAAACAUGUGUUGACAAAAGCAAAGUAGUUGUCUGUUCCAACAUAGAAGAACCUAAACAGGAAGGUUUACUUUGUUCAAAUGGCACUGUUGAUAUGUGUGGUGUUAGUGUGGAAGAUGGCAAGUUUUUCCCUACAGUUAAUGAGAGCAAAGUAGAGAGUGAUAGGGGUGUGGAUACUGAGUCAACAACUGCUUUAUGUAGUGAUGUCAGUCUGCCGGAUGAGAAUAAUUUGAUAAGUGCCAGACAAGUUCCAUGCACUGAAGAUCACUCUGGGAAGAACAUUGAUGUUCUGGAUGGUGUAUCCUUUCUGGCAGAAACAUCUAAGGAAAUAAAAGGUUUAAAGAGCAGCACAGGUACCCCAUCUUGCGACAAGGAAGGAUCCGUGGUAGAUUAUGUAAGAGUUCUUUCUGGCAGCAUAGGUGAGCAUAAACCUAGUAGCAUGAUGUCUAAUGUAGAAAAUGAUGAGUGUGGCAGUCUUGUUGAUUCAAAUGACAAUAAGCUGAUUAUGAAGGAGGAUAGUUAUUCAUUUGUUCCACAUUCAGAUAAACAUGUAAAUACAGCUGAAAGAGACGUGACUGAUGUUUCUGCUUGCUUUCUAGAGGAGCCUGAACAGCACAAAGGUGUCAAGAGCAGUCUGCUUUCUCCGGCUUGUGACAAUAACAGUGAGGUUGGAGCUCAUUUUUUUAAUGAUUCGAAAACAAGUACAGAUGAACCCAAGAUUAGUGAACUGCACAGUGUUAGUAGUAAUACAGUGGGAUUUGCUUCUAGUAACAAUCAUGCUGUGCAAAAAUCUGAUACCAGUGACAUAGAGAAGGAAAAAGGUCUUGCAUUCUCCUCGUUUUUUCUAGCCACGAAUGUGAGGGCAUCUUGUGCUGAAGAUCCCAAUAUCAAAGUUUACCAAAGCACAAUGGAAGUUAAUGAUCAGCAAAGCUCUGCAAGUGCAUUGUUUUCUUCAAACAAUGUGCCAGAAGCUUCUACCAAGGAAUAUACCAUGAACAGAAUCUAUAACAACUCUUUGAAUGAAUGUAAGUUUGAUGGUCUUGAAAACUCUAGAAAUCAUGAUCUAAAUGUUGCUUUCGGCAAUUCUCAUGUGGAUCUAGGUGCAAAUUUGAACUGUACAACUUUCCAACUUGGCAUGGAGGAAACAUAUGGAGUUCAGGAUAAUCUCCAUAGAAGAUUGGAGACUGAUAAACAAGGAGAAGUUGGGAUUGAUUUAAGUGAUUCGACUUUCAAGGGAAAAACAGGGGAUUUUGGAAGUAACUUCAACACGGUUUUUCAUAACCAGUUGUGGGAUGAACAUAAAAUAGAUGAAGUUGAUGAGUCUGGAAAGAAGAUUAUUAGUGGUUUCGGUUGUGGAGAUGCCAAACCUAAUGAGAAUGUCAUGGCUGGAAGCAUUUGGAGAACAGGUGUAGAGAAUGUCAUGCAAGGUGGCUCAGCAGACAAUUCAACCUCAGUAGCGCAGUCAUCUAACUGUUUCCAGAACUAUGAUGUUAUGUCAAAGGUUCAAAGUCUCUUUGGAGAGAAUGAGAAGUAUGAUGGCAACACUGGCUUUGAUGGGUUGAGAUCAGACAGAACUGAACCGGUGGAAUAUAGUUUCAUGGGCACACAAAGUUUAAAUUCUCUUCAAGAAGAGCCUAGAGUAUUGCCUUACGAUGUGGAUAUAGAACAAGGAUUUAAUUCGUCAUUUUGGCUUGGAAAAGAUGAUUUGAUGCCAAAUUUAGCAGGCAGGAAUCAGGUGACCUUGGUAUGCGUUUGGUGCAGAAACGAGUUUUAUCAAGAGCCUAACCAAUUAGGAGCAGAAGCCGGUUCAAUUGGUUCAAUGUGUCCAACCUGCAGUGGAAGGAUCUCAGGGCAGUUUAGCUUUAUGUAGAACUUGUCAUUGACCCUCAAUGAUCCCCAUUGAACAUAGUUUUCAGACAGAGGAUUAGGUCAAAGGGAGGUAUUUAUUCAUCCAAAACUGAAAAAUAAUUAGUAACUCUAGACUAUGACUGGAUCUAGAUUGAUGUUAGUUAAGUUAGCAGCUAACCUUCCCUAUUCUUUUGGCUGAAACAAGUCAAACGACUGACUGUUUUAGAGAAGAUAAUGAGAUUUUUAGCUUCUUUAGC